AUGUCUUCCAAUAAUGGCUAUGAAUUAUCCGAUAAUUUUUAUAACGACUUAACUACAAAAUAUAAUGAAGCUUUAAAUUCAGAACAUAUUUUAUUCAAUGGUGAUUCAGUUAUAAAUGAAAUAGUUGAGUUACCAAUAGACAAUAAUAAACAUUUUGCAAACGCUCAAUUAACUUUACUUACAUCCUUAAUGCAUAGACCUGAGAAUAAUAAUAAAGGAAAUAAUGAAAAUAAUCCAUUUGAAAAACCAGAACCUGAAUUAACUAUUUUAGAUAAUUUUGGAUCAAAUAAAGAAUUAAAAUUAGUAUUCAAUAAAUUCCCAGUUAAUGCUAAACAUUUUUUAUUAAUAACUAAGAAAUUUUCAUCCCAAAAUCUUCCUUUAUUACCUACUGAAUUAUUAGCAACUUAUAAUAUUUUAAACAAAAUUAAUAAAUUAAAACCAGAAGGUGAAGAAUGGUUUGCAUUUUAUAAUUGUGGACCAGAAAGUGGAGCAUCUCAAGCUCAUAAACAUAUUCAGUUCAUGACGUUACCACCAAAGAACAAAUUUAAAUCAUAUCCGGAAGUUUGUUUGGAGAAUAAAUUAUUUAAAAAAGAUAAUAAUAAUAAUUUAAAUAUUCUAGAUGCAACUAAACCUUUACAAAAUCAAGAUUUACCAUUUAGUCAAUUUCUUAUAAAAUUACCAGAAAAUAAAGAAGAACUAACAGAAGAAAUUUUAACAAAAUCUUUUACAUCACUUUUACAAAGUACUUUAACAAUUUUAAGAAACAAUUCAAUAAAUCAUAUAUCUUAUAAUUUUAUAAUGACUACUGAAUUCAUGUUAAUGAUUCCAAGAUCUAAAAGUAAAUAUCAAGAUAAAUUAGGUAUAAAUUCUUGUGGAGUUUAUGGACUUUUGUUAUGUAAAAAUCAAGAAUUGUUUGAUAUGGUUAAAGAAGUUGGAGUGCUAAAUAUUUUAAAAGAAGUAUGUGUACCAAAUUCAAGUGAUAUUACAUUUGAUGAAUAUAGUUAUUAG